UUGUAGAUCAGAUUAACUUCUCUGAAGGUAGCUUUUUCUGGCUUCUUUUCCUUGCGUACAAUUGAACUUGUAGACAGUAUUUCCUCAAUUUUCUGUCAUGGAAAUUGUGCAGAUGGGGGCAAUAAGUUUUGAUUUUUUUUUCAAAAAAAAUCACGUGAUUUUUCCCAGCACGGGGAUCUCCAUGAAUUAAAAUUUUGGCUAAAUUUUUGCCUAAAAUUUUAAUAACUGCUGUAACUUUUUCAAAAACGACAUUGGAAUUAGUUCUCUCAUUUUGAGGGUUGUUUUGAGAAAUAAAUAGCAGAAACAUUUCUUACGAGUGAUACGUUCAAUUGUACGCAGAAAAAAGACGCCAGGAGCUUUUUCCAGAAAUGUGAACGAAAUAAAGAAAUAUUGAAGGGUACACAACACAAAGGGCAUAUAUAGGUAAUUUGUCCCCUCCAAAAAGUCGUUCGAGGAAUAGAAGUAUCUUUAUUUUUAAACUUUAUCUUAAACUUUAGUGCGUUUCGAUUUUUGUCAGGUGAUCUCAUACUUAUUUAUUAGCAGUAUACCUGGGUAUGUCCCAAAUUGUUUAAUUGAAUAUCGAAAUGUUAAUAAUUGACUAUUUGGGUAGACGAACCUUCGGCUAUGGAUAUUGGUUUAUCCGAUAGUGAAAAUGAUUGCGCUGACUCCAGAAUUGAGCAACAAGAAGAGCUUCAAGGUUUCUUGGAUGAGUGUGAAAAACAUUUCUUCUCUGAUGGGAAGUAUUAUGUAAUUGACGUUGAGAAAUCAUUGGAUGAGGGUACAGUUGUCGGGAUUUGUCAAUUAUGCUCCCAUCAUCAAAUAAUUAGAGGACAAUUUCGGUGGCCAACAAACUUUAGAACCCAUAUCAGGGUAAAUUUAUGGUCAUUUUUUCCGCCAAAAGCUUUUUUCCUUAACCCAUUAAAUUUCAUUAACAAAAUGUUAUAAUUGACACAUAUUCGCAGCGAAAACAUAAUUCGGUAUUACAUGAGUAUGAUGAAUACAAAACGAGCAAACAAACGGAACCAAAGAUUCGAGAACGAGAGCUUGUUACUACUUGCAAAUUUUCACAAAAAAAAUUCGAAAACAAUGUUGUGAAUUAUGUGCUCGAAAGCAUGGCACCAAUGAGCACUGUCGAGAUGCCGAGUUUUCAGAAGCUGUUUGAUGGCAAGUCCAAUGUGAAUUUAUUGCAAAAUUAAAAUGGCGGGAAUCGUUAUGUUACAUCAAAUAAAACACAUUAGCCUGCAUCGAUAGAUUCAGUGGCGUAUCGGGAUACGCAAUUUUGUAAUUACGUUCCGGAUAUUUACCAAUUUAUAAUUAUUAUAUUAUUGAAGAGAAAAAAAAAUUUUAUGAAAAACAUUAAGAAAUUGAAUGUCAUGAACGUUAGAUUACCGCAAUUGCAUCAUUGAAAAUUCAUUUUCACAAUCUAUUUAGAUUUCGAAAUUAAGCAAAGAAACAAGGCACUGAUUCAUAUGUCGAGAGCAACGCUUUGUAGGCGGAUUGAAAAUUUGUUUCAAGAUAAAAUGAAGGAAAUUCGCAACAUUCUUGAAACGAAAGCAAUGUAUGUAUGCACCACAGCCGAUAUCUGGACCUCGCGAAGUCGCCGAUUUCUCGGUGUAACGGCUCAUUGGAUCGAUAACGCGACUUUAACGCGACAAUCCUUCGCCAUCGCGUGUCAGAGAUUCCCAGGAUCUCAUACAGCAGAAAGGAUUGCGGAGGUUUUAUUGGAUAUAAAUGAAUCUUUUGGAUUAAACACGGAAAAGGUCGUUGCAACUGUUACCGACAAUGGCUCAAAUUUCGCGAAGGCUUUCCGUGAAUUUGGUGUCAAUUCGCUGGACAGUUUCUUGCUUGAUGAGAAUUCAAACGAUGAUGAAGCAUGGAGGACUAUCUCUCGAACAGCCGAAUUAACCUCCGAUAACGUCGAGAAUCAUAGUCUCGAACAUGAUCGUGCCGUACCUGAACAGUCUGAGUCAUUGAAAUCAUUGCCUAAGCAAUUGCGAUGUGCUAGUCAUACAUUGAAUUUGGUUUCAGCUGUGGACGUCUUGAAAAUAAUCAAGUCCUCAGACUAUUUGUCUGCUAAGCAUUUUGCUGCGAUGGAGAAAUGUAUGGACUUAUUAAACGCACUUCGUUCGCCAAAAUCAAGAGAGAUCUUUCACGAACAUGUAGGAGUAGCAUUACCUCGACCUGUGGUCACGAGAUGGAAUUCGCUCUAUGACACUUUGGGGCGUAUUGUUGCUCUGAAAGAACAAAUCGUUCAGGUAAGCCCCCAAAUUCGUGUAACGAAUCUUUUAAAUGAAAAUGAUUUCAGAUAUAUCGAAGGGUAUUUGAAAGUCCUGAAACCCAUCGCAGAGACGCUUGACCUUCUCCAGGGAGAAACUUUUUGUCAUUAUGGAUAUCUUUUUCCAUCUUUGGUAUCAUUGGAGAGGAAAUUAAAGAUGCUGCAGAACUCAGAAGCGAAUACACGAUUUUCACCUUUGAUCACAGGUUUAAUUAAGUCGCUGAAUGAUCGAUUUAAACCAUUCUUCGAUCUCGACGAUAAAGUCGCCGGAGCAGCUGUUGCAGCUUGCAGCCAUCCGCGCUUCAAAUCGCGAUGGCUAGUUCCUCUUUCAGAGUCCAUUCGUCGAAAAGUAGAGAGUAUUUUUCUACAGGCUGCGACGGAAGAAUAUCAAAAAGGGCGGGAAGUAACUGCUAACGAAAAUGUUCCUGCUCAGCCGGUCGAUGACUUUUUUGAUUUUGGAGAGGAUCCUCAGGCGUUUAUUCCUCAUGAAAGUCCAACAGUUAGUGUUGAAAUCGCAAGGUACAUGGCAAGUCCUAGCACUAACUUGGAAAUGCUAGAGGAACAUCCGCUCAUCAAAAGAUUAUUUAUUAAGUUUAAUACGCCCCUACCAUCAUCUGCAGCUGUUGAACGGUUGUUUAGUUUUGCGACAAUGAUGGAUUUGCCCAAAUGGAAUCGUUUGACAGACGAACAUUUUGAACAGAGGGUACUUAUGAAAGCUAAUGCAGUCAAAGCGUCCUCCAAUAUCAUUAAUGACCGUCGAAGUUCGAGAUCUAAAUAAUAGAUACUUGCCAAACUUGAUUGAGUUAUCGCCACUGCCUGACUGAGUCACUGCUGCAUUAACCGUUUGGGUAAAUUAUCGCGAUUCAUAUUUUUGGCUGAGUUAUCGCCACUUCCACUUUUGGCUGAGUUAUCACCACCUUCAAGUUUUGGACGAGUUAUCGCCACUUUCAUUUUUUGGCUGAGUUAUCGCCACUUUCAUUUUUUGGCUGAGUUAUCACCACCUUCAUGUUUUGGACAAGUUAUCACCACAUUUUUUUUGUUGAGUUAUCGCCACUCUGUUUUGUUGAAUGAUGUAUCUUACAUUUCAUGUUCUAUUUACCUGGGUGUGUAGCUUUGACAGUCUCCCAAUCAAGGCGGAUUCCAACGAUAACCAUUCUAGUUUACGUCUCUCUGUGAUAUUCUUGUUGAUUAAGAUUUUUUUCAAAGCUAAAUAUUGUUCAAAAAGUUGAAAAUGUAAUUUUUAUAAUAAUAUAAUUGAUUUUUAUGUUCAA